AUGAAGAAGAGCACAUCAGACGCACCUACUAAUAUGAAGGGUGGGGAAGUGUUAACGGUGAUAUACGAGCGCGUGCUGACUAUGGGUGCCCUAUGUCGAGACCCUCCGGGUAUGGGCAACUACGGGUCAUUUCUCGAAGACCCAUACGAGGAGCUGUGUGUCAAGGCGAGCAAGUUCAUCAGUACGGGCAUUUUGGAAGUGGAUUACGCAGACAAGUAUUGGAAGAGACAAUAUACGCUUCGCGAUGGCUCGACCCUUUCUUCGAAACGCCAGCAUACAAGUGUUCCUCCGUCACGUACUGGUGGAGGUCGAUUCCCCACCCCUUCUGGAUGGAUCGAGGUGCAAGCCGAUCACAAGGAUUUAACGAAAAAGCUGCCAUGGAAGAUGAAAAGCGUGUUUCUUCAUUGGGUCGAGUCCCCGUGUCUUUUUCAUGAUCAUUUUCAGGCUUUACAAAUUCAUCGAAGACGCCUAUACACACACGAAUCGAACCCUCUUGUGCAAGAUCAAUAGCUCAUACCUCGGCUCCGCUCUCUCAAGCGUUAUUUCUUUUUGGCCUCCUCAUCCUUCCUCACCCACCUCUUAGACCUUGCCCACAUAGAACUGAGGAAGCCCGCGAAAGGUAUAAGUAUCGUUGUGCUACAGAGUCUGCUUGACCUUGCACUUACAGGGGAAGAUGCCGCGUUCCGCGAAGAUGUGCGAGUCAGCAUCGCGAGCAGCGGAUUGUAUGAAUGACACUCAAGGUCAUCAGCGUAAGCGGCAUCGUCGGCGGUGAGGAAGGCGAGGCGUACCAGAUGAAGAAGCAAAUAAGGAUCGCGACUGGGAGAAGGAUGACAAGAAGCCCAUGCUAG